UUGUUCAGAGUAGGUUGUGCUGGAGCCUCAGAGCAGCAGCAGCAGCAGCAGCAGCAGCAGCUCAGACAUCUGUGCAGAGGAGGAUUGUUCAAAAGUCAGACCUAUGGUCUGAGCAGGUACAGCUGGUUCUCCUCGUCUCCUGUCAGGAUGCAGCUCUCACUCAGAUCCAGUCACUUCCUGCUGGUUCUGGUUCUGGUCUCUCUGUCCUCCCAGUCAGUGAAGGGUCAAGUGUCUUCACCUCGAAGGUUUCGGGCCAAAGCCAUAAGUUCGUCCACGCUGCUGGUGACGUGGAAAGAACCCAAAGGAGAGUUUGAAAGUUACAAAGUCAUUUACAGCACACGUCCAGGUGACCGGUGGACGGAGGUCCAGCUACCAAAAACAGAAACGACUCUCGUCAUCCAGCAGUUUGAUCCUUCUAAAGAAUACGAGUUCAAAAUCAUAGCAGUGAGCGGAGGACGAGAGAGCAGACCCCUGGUGGCCAAACAUGAAGCUCAGAGGUCGGUGGUGGAGGUGGUCCAACCUCAGAGAAGACAGGAAGGCAGCGUCACGGAGGAACGCAACGAGAUCUCAGAAGCCAACGUGGGCUUCAUGUGUAAGACCCCGGCCGUCGCCGACAUCGUCAUCCUGGUGGACGGCUCCUGGAGCAUCGGUCGGAUCAACUUCAGGCUGGUCAGGACCUUCCUUGAGAACCUGGUCCGAGCCUUCAACGUGGAGAUCGACAAGACCCGCAUAGGUCUGGCCCAGUACAGUGGAGACCCCAGGAUCGAGUGGCACCUCAACACCCACAGCACCAAGGAGGCCGUGAUCGACGCCGUGAAGAACCUGCCCUACAAGGGGGGCAACACCCUGACAGGUCUGGCUCUGACCUUCAUCCUGGAGAACAGCUUCAAACCAGAGUCUGGAUCCAGAGCCGGCAUUCCCAAGAUCGGAAUCCUCAUCACUGAUGGCAAAUCCCAGGACGACGUCAUUCCACCAGCCCAGAGCCUGAGGAACGCUGGGAUUGAACUCUUCGCCAUCGGUGUGAAGAACGCAGAUGAGAACGAGCUGAAGUCCAUCGCGUCCCCCCCCGAGGACACUCACGUCUACAACGUGGCAGACUUCAGCGUGAUGAGUGACAUCGUGGAGGGUCUGGCGAAGACGCUCUGUGACCAGGUGGAGAAUCAGGACAAACGGAUCCGAGGGGGAGUUCCUGCCCCUCCGCCCCCCGCUGUUUCUCCCCCCCGUGACCUGGUGGCGUCCGACAUCACGGCUCGCAGUUUCCGGGUGACGUGGACGCACGCGGCCGGGCAGGUGGAGAAGUACCGUGUGGUGUACUACCCCGCCAGUGGGGGGCAGCCUGAAGAGAAGGUGCUCCAGGGAACGCAGAACAGCGUGGAACUCACCUACCUCAACUCUCUGACCGAGUACCAGGUGGCCGUGUUCGCCGUGUACCGCAGCUCGGCCAGCGAGGCGCUGAGAGGAAGCGCGACCACACUGGCCCUGCCCAUGGUCAACGACCUGGAGUUGUUUGACAUCACUCACAGCACCAUGAGGGUCCGCUGGAAGAUCGCAGCAGGGGCUUCUGGGUACAUGAUCCUCUACGCCCCCCUGACUGAAGGAGACGCUGCCGACGAGAAGGAGGUGAAGGUGGAGGAGUCAGUGAACGAGGUGGAGCUGGAAGGUUUGACUCCAACCACUGAGUACACAGUCACAGUCUACGCCAUGUACGGAGAGGAGGCCAGUGACCCCAUGACCUCCCAGCAGACCACAUUGCCUCUGACCCCCGCCACCAACCUUCGUUUCUCUAACGUGGACCACAGCUCCGCCCAGCUCUCCUGGGACUCCGCCUCCAGGAAGGUCAAAGGUUACCGCAUCAUGUUCGUGAAAACCGACGGGGUCCAGACCAACGAGGUGGACGUGGGCCGGGUCACGACCUGGCUGCUGAAGAACCUGACCUCCCUGACCGAGUACACAGUCGGGGUCUUCGCCCUGUACGACGAAGGACAAGCUGAGGCGGUGACCGACAGUUUCACCACCAAGACGGUGCCCGACCCUCUGGACCUGCAGAGCAGUGACGUCACCACCAACAGCUUCAGAGUGACGUGGAAACACCCGGCGUCUGAUGUGGUUCUCUACCGCCUCACCUGGGCCACAACUGACGGAGGAGACGCCGACGAGGUUCUGGUGAAUGGAAACAUCAACUCUUAUCUGAUCAAAGGACUUAGCUCCGCCUCCGAGUACGAAGUUCUCCUGUCGGCCGUGUAUGCUAACGAAAUAGAGAGUGACGAGGUCGUGCUAGUCGAGACCACAGUUGAACGUACGACCACCGUCAGCACCACCACCACCACCACUGCAGCUCCUCGUCAUGGGGUGAGGAGCCUGAAGAUCGACGAUGAGACCACCUACAGUCUCAGGGUGUCCUGGCAGACGCUGGACUCCAGAAACCUGCGACAUUAUCGUCUCAGCUACAUCAGCGCCAAAGGAGACCGCGCUGAGGAGACGAGGACGGUCCCCAGUGGACAGAACAUCCUGGUCCUGCAGCCUCUGCUCUCAGACACAGAGUACAAGGUGUCCAUCAUCCCAGUCUACCCUGACGGGGACGGACCAGCGUCUUCACUGAUGGGACGAACACUUCCUCUGUCAGCUCCCAGGAACCUGCGGGUCUCAGAGGAGUGGUACAACCGCUUCAGGAUCAGCUGGGACGCCCCCCCCUCACCCACCAUGGGCUACAGAGUGGUGUACCAGCCCGUUACUGCUCCUGGUCCAGCUCUGGAGACCUUCGUUGGGGAGGACGUGGACACCAUGUUGAUCGUCAACCUGCUGAGUGGGACAGAUUACAGCGUCAAGGUCAUCGCGUCCUACACCACCGGCUCCAGUGACGCUCUGUCAGGAAGAGCCAAGACACUGUCCCUGGCUGUGUCCAACCUGAGUGUGUCCCAGCAGAGGACGACCAGUCUCUGCGCUCAGUGGCAGCCGCACCCACACGCCAACGCCUACAGGCUCACCCUGGAGUCCCUGCUCAAUGGACACAGACAGGAAGUGUCUGUGAGUGGAAGGACCAACAGACACUGUUUCAACAACCUGAAGUCAGACACACAGUACAAGAUCAACGUGUACUCCCAGCUGCAGGACGGGACUGAAGGGGGCGCCGUCAACGUCGUGGAGAGAACAUUACCUGUUCCAACCCAGGCCCCGACCAAACCCCCGACCACCGCUCCAUUACCCACAAUCCCAGCUGCCAAAGAAGUGUGUAAGGCAGCCAAAGCAGACCUGGUGUUCCUGAUCGACGGCUCCUGGAGCAUCGGUGACGAGAACUUCCUGAAGAUCAUCAGCUUCCUCUACAGCACGGUCGGAGCUCUGGACAGGAUCGGACCGGACGGGACGCAGGUGGCCAUGUCUCAGUUCAGUGACGACGCUCGUACAGAGUUCAAGCUGAAUUCAUACAACGACAAGGAGCGACUCCUGGACGCCAUCAACAGGAUCUCCUACAAGGGCGGGAACACAAAGACAGGUCGAGCCAUUCAGCACGUGAAGGACAAGAUCUUCACGGCACAGGGCGGCGUCAGACGUGGUGUCCCCAACGUCCUGGUGGUCCUCACCGAUGGACGCUCCCAGGACGACGUCAACAAGGUGUCCAAGCAGAUGCAGAUGGAAGGUUACAUCGUGUUUGCCAUUGGAUUUGCCGACGCCGACUACGGCGAGCUGGUCAGCAUCGCCAGCAAGCCCAGCGACCGCCACGUCUUCUUUGUGGACGACCUGGACGCCUUCAAGAAGAUCGAGGAAAAGCUGGUGACGUUUGUGUGUGAAGCAGCCACCGCCACCUGUCCGUCCAUACCGAUGAGCGGCAGCACCAUGCCAGGUUUCCACAUGAUGGAGCUGUUUGGCCUGGUGGAGAGUCGCUACAGCAGUAUCUCUGGGGUCUCCAUGGUUCCUGGGACCUUCAACACCUUCUCCUGUUUCCACCUCCACAGUGACGCUCUCCUGGCCCAGCCCACCAGGUUCCUCCACCCUGAGGGUCUCCCCUCCGACUACACCAUCUCCCUGCUGUUCAGGCUGCUGCCCCACACCCCCGAGGAACCCUUCGCUCUGUGGGAAAUCCUCAACCAGAAGAAGGAGCCCCUGGUGGGAGUCAUCCUGGACAAUGGAGGGAAGACUCUGACCUUCUUCAACAACGACUACAGAGGAGACUUCCAGACCGUCACCUUCGAAGGAGACCACAUCAGGAAGCUCUUCUACGGCAGCUUCCAUAAGCUCCACAUCUCCAUCAGUAAGACCAGUGCCAGAGUGACCAUCGACUGUAAACUGGUGGCUGAGAAAACCAUCAACGCUGCAGGAAACAUCACCACUGACGGACAGGAAGUUCUGGGGAGAAUGGUCCGGUCCAGAGAGAACAAGGAGAACUCUGCUCCAUUUGAGCUGCAGAUGUUCGACAUCGUCUGCAGUCCGUCGUGGGCCAACAGAGACAAGUGCUGUGAACUUCCUGCUCUGAGGAAGGAGGUGGACUGUCCUGCUCUGCCCAAGGCCUGCACCUGCACCCAGGACAGUAAAGGCCCCCCCGGACCCACUGGACCUCCAGGAGGUCCAGGGAUCAGAGGAGCCCGAGGAGAUCGUGGAGAACCAGGUCCAGUGGGUCCAGGUGGUCCGGUGGGGGACACAGGUGUUCCAGGACCUCAGGGACCUCCAGGAGCACAGGGACCCAGUGGACGCUCCAUCAUUGGACCUCCAGGCUCUCCUGGAGAGAAGGGGCAGAAAGGAGACGCAGGACAACAGGGAACCCAGGGAGUUCCUGGUCGAGCCGGAGGUCCGGGCAGAGAAGGACCCCCAGGACCCAGAGGUCUGCCCGGUAAAGACGGUCUGCAGGGACGACAGGGUUCCACGGGGAACAUAGGAACACCAGGGGCCCCCGGAGCUCCAGGAAACACAGGCCCCCCAGGAAAACAGGGCGAGCUGGGACCCCCGGGCCCUGCAGGGAGCAAGGGUGAGAAAGGUGAACGGGGGGACCUUCAGUCCACGGCGUCUGUCCAGGACAUCGCUCGUCAGGUCUGUGAGCAGCUGAUCCAGAGUCACAUGGCUCGAUACAACUCCAUCCUGAACCACGUCCCCAGUCCACAGGUAACCGUGCGCACGGUACCAGGACCCCCAGGAGAGCCCGGUCGGCCGGGGGCCGCGGGGCCCCAGGGGGAGCAGGGACCACCAGGAAGAUCUGGGUUUCCCGGACAGAACGGACAGAACGGACAGCCAGGAGAACGAGGUCAACCAGGAGAGAAGGGAGAGAAGGGAUCACCAGGAACCGGACUCCAAGGUCCCAGAGGACUCUCAGGACCUCCUGGUCCACAGGGACAGGGACGUCCAGGAAACCAGGGUCCCUCAGGACGUCCAGGGAAUCCUGGAACCCCUGGACGGCCUGGCCUCCCUGGACCCGUUGGCCCAGCUGGGCCCCCAGGAUACUGUGACCCCAACUCCUGUGUGGGUUACAAUGUAGGAGAGGGUGAAGAUGACACUCACGGCGGCGCUAUCUCUGCAGUGCAACUACCGCCCAACGUCUUCCAGAACUACGGCGAGGUGGAGGAGGACGACCCCUACCGCUACUACCAGCCCAACUACCCCGCGCCCAGACCCGUGUCUCCUGACGAGACGGCGUUUGACAUGGAGGACGGGGACCUGACCUCCCCCGGCGUCUACCGCAGCAAGCGGAGCUUGGAGGGGGCGGAGCAGAGGGCGGGGCUGAGGACGAGGCGAAAGAGAGGAGUGACUAACUGAGAGGAGGCCGAGGCGCCCUCUGUCCUCUGAUUGGACGGUUCAAGGACAAAUCACCAAGUGCCUGAUGGAGGGUUUCACAUUGACAUUGUAGGGCAGAGCGAGUGGGCGGGGCUCCCAGAUUAUUUACACUCAGCUACGUCAACGAUUAACCGCGGAGGAAACACGAUUAUCGUUAUUGUUUUUUUUCAGCGUCUACGUUGGAACUGUUUACACUUUGAUUUGUUGAAAAUGUAUUUUUGUUUCAAAACAUUUAGUCCAAAUAUUCACAACCACAACUGAGUACAAGCUAACGCUAAUAUCCUAGCUAACCAAACUUUGAGUCUAACUUUAUCAAACUCACUUCAAUUUAAAGAUUCUUCUCCUAAAUGGUCUGUAGGUGGCGCCAAACCACUCCUGGAAACAUCUAGAAGUUUUUUCUCUCCUGAAGGUAAAGAUUUUCGUCAGAUCUACAAAUGUCUUUCUGCGACUUGACUGAGUUUGCGUUCAGAUGUGUGUGGUGCGUAAAACUGUUCCUUCUUCACCUCUAACCAGGUUGUUUUUAAAAAGAUUCAGGAAAUAAAAGGAAGUAAUUUAUUUUUUACUUGUUUUGGAUUUUUCUCUGAACAAUAAAAUUGAAGUACGACCACUGA